AUGACCUACCCAUUGCAGAAGGGCAAGGAGGAGUGGCAGGCUCAGCUGAGCCCUGAGCAGUUCCGCAUCCUCCGUGAAAAGGGCACCGAAUCUCCCUACAGCAGCGACUUCGACAAGCACAUGCCCUCCGAAGGUGUGUACACUUGUGCCGGUUGCGACACACCUCUUUACAAGGCCAACCAUAAGUUCAAGUCUGGCUGCGGCUGGCCUGCCUUCUUCGAUGCUGUUCCUGGCGCUGUUACUAGACACACCGACCGUACCUUCGGCAUGGAGCGCACCGAGAUUGUCUGCACCAACUGCGGCGGCCAUCUCGGUCACGUCUUCAAGGGCGAGGGAUACCCUACUCCUACCGAUGAGCGUCACUGUGGUAUGUAA